AUGGGAAGAGGAGUACACAGUGCGUGUCCAACUUCAGGACCGGGUGACCGAGCUGCAGGAGGAAGCCCAGGAGGCUGAAGCCUGCCAGGAGGAGCUGGCCAUGAAGGUGGAGCAGCUCAAGGCAGAGCUUGUUGUCUUCAAGGGACUGAUGAGCAAUAACAUCACGGAGCUGGACACCAAGAUCCAGGAGAAGGCCAUGAAGGUGGACAUGGACAUCUGCCGGCGCAUCGACAUCACUGCCAAGCUGUGCGACGUGGCGCAGCAGCGGAACUGCGAGGACAUGAUCAAGAUGUUUCAGAAGCAACUGGUCCCAGCCUCGGUGGGGCGGAAGCGGGAGCGCAAGCAGGUCAGCGACGAAGACACCUCGCUGUCGGAGAGCGAUGCCUCCCGAAAGCCUGAAGAGGAAGAGGAGGACGAGACCACGGCCAUGAGUAUCAAUGAGGAAAUGCAGAGGAUGCUGAACCAGCUUUUUUUUUCCCGCCGGGAAUAUGACUUUGAGGAUGACUGUGACAGCCUCACGUGGGAGGAGACAGAAGAAACGCUGCUCCUCUGGGAGGACUUCUCCGGAUACGCCAUUGCAGCCGCAGAGGUGCAGGGGGAGCAGGACGACAGCCUGGAGAAGGUGAUCAAGGACACGGAGUCGCUGUUCAAGAGCCGUGAGAAGGAGUACCAGGAAACCAUCGACCAAAUAGAGCUGGAGCUGGCCACGGCCAAGAACGACAUGAACCGGCACCUGCACGAGUACAUGGAAAUGUGCAGCAUGAAGCGAGGCUUGGACGUGCAGAUGGAGACUUGCCGGCGGCUCAUCACCCAGUCUGGGGACAGAAAGUCUCCUGCCUUCACCCCGGCCUCCACCAGCGAGUCGGCCCCGAACGAAGAGAGCGAGGAGUCUGACCGUGACCCCCCCAGUGAUGCUUCCAUCAGAUAA